UUGCUUUAUUAAUAUAUUUUCUGAUUCAGAGGAGACUGAACUUUUUUUUUUUAUAAUUUCGUAAUUAUCUAAUUCCCAUAAUGAUUUUUCAUUAUUUUUAUUUUUUCUCAAUACUUGAAUUGUAACAAUGCUACUUACAGAUGAUAAGCAAAAAAAAUCAAAUGUUACAGAAGAAUUUAUCAUGAAUUUCACAAAUGUUAAUGUUUCUGAUGAUGAAGAGACGAAUGAUGAAGAAGAUGUUAUCGGAGAUUUCCAUAGUGAUCGUAAGGUUAUAGGGGCCGAGAAGACAAACAAUCGAGAAUCGUCACGUGCUGAAAUGAUUAAAAAACUGCCAAAUCCAGUUAAUUUAACAAAAUUUAAUGUUAAACCCGGAACCAGUAAGUCGAGCGACGCGCUUCAUUACUGCUCGACCGCUCAGCAAUACUAUGUCAGAUGGCGCGAAAAACUCCCCUUCCAAGACCUCGAGUCUACCACACAACGUAAGCGAUGUGUGUCGGUGCCUCAAAAACCCGACAGGAGCCGAGAGAAGACGAUCGCACCAGGCGGGAAGAUAAGAAAAAUUACAGAAAGUCUGGAAAAUCCAAAAGUGCACGACUCAUAA